GCAGGGAUGGAAAUCAUGUGCUGCCCCAGAUGUUGUUGGUGUGUGAGUCCCAGCCGCCAUAGCCAACAUAGUUGAUGAUGGGAAUGCUAGGAAUUGCAAGUCACCAUCUGGAGAGUCAAAUGGUUUCUAGCUCUCCCACAACUAGGAAUGCUUUAGAGGUGAAGUCUUGUCCUGGGUUGGAUUAGAUCGCCCUAGACUCUAGCUCUUUUCCAGAUCCACCAUUCUUUUACUGUAUGCUAGUGAACAGCUUGCAUGUCCAUAGAGCAACAAGAUUUAAAUGGAUAGUAAGGGCUAAGAGUUGCACAGUAGGUACAGAGGUAUAAUAUGUACAAUAUAUAAACAGGUUUUUUAUUGUGUCAGAAGCAACUUGAGAACAUACUGCAAGUCACUUCUGGUAUGAGAGAAUUGGCCAUCUCUAGAGACGUUGCCCAUGGGACGCCCGAAUGUGUUACCAUCCUGCUGGGAGGCUUCUCUCAUGUCCCUGCAAGCUAGAGUUUACAGAUGGGAGCUGACCUCAUCUCGCGGAUUCAAACCGGAUGUCUUCUCAAGAACGAUAGUAUGGCGCCACCACGAUCCUUUCCCAUUUCCAGAAGAAUAGAUUUUGAACAGAUUUCAUGGGACGACCCUGAUGCUGAAAUUGAUGUGGACCUUGGAUCAGGUUCUGGCAAUCAGACCAGACCCAAAGUAGCUCAUUUGUCUAAAGAAGCUGAAAGAUACCUGACUGGUGUCUGGCUGACCCUUUUUGUGCCAUCAGUCUACACUUUAGUUGCCAUAGUGAGCCUUUCUUUGAACAUCAUGGCAAUUCUUCUGUUCCUGAUAAAAAUGAAGAUGAAAAAGCCAGCCAUAGUAUACAUGUUCAACCUAGCUACUGCAGAUGUACUCUUCGCAAGCAUGCUUCCUUUUAAGAUUGCCUACCAUUUUUCUGGAAACAACUGGGUGUUUGGUCCUGUAAUGUGUCGCUUUGUCACUGCUACAUUUUACUGCAACAUGUAUUGCUCCAUAUUACUGGUGAUGGUGAUAAGCAUUGACCGUUUCCUGGCCGUGGUGUACCCAAUGGAGUCUCUGUCGUGGCGCACAUUAAGUCGCGCCUGCGUGGUGUGCAUUGCCAUCUGGAUUGUUUCCAUUGCUGGGGUCAUACCUCUUCUUAUCAUGGAGCAAACCAAGAAAAUACCUUACUUAAAUAUUACAACAUGUUAUGAUGUGUUGAGUCAAGAGGAUCUUGAAGGAUAUUACUUCAUAUUUUUCACGGUUUUCUCUUCACUUUUCUUUUUUGUGCCAUUAAUUGUUUGUUCUGCCUGCUACAUUUGCAUCAUCUGGCGUCUGAGCUCCUCAGACAUCGCUGCAAAGCAAAGUAAGAAAAGGCGGGCCUUAUUUUUGUCUGUAGCGGUUUUCUCAAUUUUUGUGUUGUGCUUUGGUCCAACGAAUGUUCUCUUGUUAGCUCAUUACAUACUUUUUUCUUACAGAAGCUAUUCGGGGAGUAUCUAUUUUGCUUAUCUCCUCUGUGUCUGUAUUAGCAGUAUAAGUUGCUGCAUUGAUCCUCUGAUCUAUUAUUAUGCCUCCUCCGAAUGCAAGCGACACCUCAGCAACCUGUUGUGCUGCAAAGUGAAUGCUGAGCCCUGCAGCCAAAGCGCCAGCGACCAGCUCAUGACGAGAGCCAGCCGAAGGGGGACCUGCACCAGUACGCUUGGGAACAGUGUCUACAAGAAGUUAUUAACAUAAGCAUUUAUGGACAUCUUGUGUUUUAUGCAGUUCUGUUUUUAAGAGUAUUGGCCUACACUCAUAGUGGCCUAUGAAUAGGAAGAUGAGAACUGUGACAUGGCUUGGUACAUCCUGUUUGUAUGAAAGGGUGUGCAUGCAUAUUUAUGUACACAUAUUUGCAUACCUAUAUUGACUGGAAUCCUGUUGGUUGGUCACAGUUGGAAUCAACCUAUCCAGUCCUGGAAUGCUGAGUCGACACACCAGUAAAUCAGUGGCGCUGCUCUAGCUGGGACUAACAGAACAGUGAGGCAUUGAUAUCUGCAGUGGUUUGGUUCCUGGACUCUCAGUGGAUACUAAAAUCUGUGGGUGCUCAAGUGCCAUUAUAUACUAUAGCACAGCAAAAUGCUGUCCCUUAUCUAAUACAGCAAAAUUGAGGUUUGCUUUUGGUUUUUAUCAGGCCAUGAUGGUUGACUCCAUGUAUUCCGAGGACUGAUUAUAAUCAUAGAGGUCAUUUUUUCCAAAUAUGCAUUGCAUCCUUACCUGGUAUUUCUCUCAGAACCAACAAUGGAGUGUUCAGGAAAGACAAAAUUACACUGUUAUUGCAUUUUAUUUUUAUUGCAAUAAGUGCCAGACAUUUAGAUAUGGGGAUGAAUGUAAAGAGCCAGAUUUCGCAAUACCAUUGAACUGUUGGUUCUUGUGACUCUAGUAUCAUUUUGAAUUAAGCUGUAUUUCAGUUUGCAUAGCCAUACCAUGCACUGAGAUAAUGCUAUCCAGGCUUCUAUUUUUAAUCAUUCUACAGCGUAAUAAAUGCUGUUAACUGACACCGAUAAAUCAUAGUACUAGGAGUAUAAAGUACAGCAGAGUGAAAGUUAUGUAUGUGCUUAUGUUUUUCUUUCCAUUUAUGCCCUGAGCAGAACAGUAAAGAAAAACCAUUCCGAAACUUAGCAGUUCUUUACACAACAUUCAGUCACCUUUUACCCUUUUGAGUAUUAUGUUGUUCACAGUAGUGAUUUAAAAUAAGCUACACUGAAGGUCUCAUUUCAAAAUACAGAUAUUUAAAAGACUGGCUGUUCCUUAGGUACAAUGGGGUGGUGCUGCUAUAAGCUACCAUUGGGAGCACUCAAAAUAGCAACACCUUUUUAUUUCUUAGGUUUUUAUAGUUAAAAGUAUAAACAAUUACAUGUCACAGAGAGCUAUCUCUCAAUUCUCAAAUAUCUUCAGUGGAGAGAUUUGCUCUGGAAAAGCAGUUUCCUUCUGAAAUUGUUUCAGAGCCCUGAUCCUCCUUCUGGCUUAUAUUCUAUGUCUGUGAUUUAAUGCCAGUUGCACUGGUAGCCUUCAAUAUGUAUUAUAUGUCUCUAAUAAUUUCCCAUUUAUACACUAUUAUUUCAUAACCUUGUACUCUGUGAAACCCGAGUUUGAAUAUUCCCUCAACUAUGGAAAUGAGCCACAAACCUACAUUUUUAAAGGUCUUAAAGCUUAGAGGAAGGCCACCUCUGAAUUAAUAUUGUCAAGAAAAAAUACAGUUGAGCUGAAGGGAAGUAAUAACAAGUAUUAGAAUACAACUAUUUGUAUUGCAUUUAAUUUGUCAUACAAUCUUUGUCAUACAGUGUUUGCCAUUCUGUGAGAAGAGAUUGCUUUUACAUUUAUUGGAUUAAAGACUCCUUGUAUGAGCACAGCGCUCUUUGUGGGGUGGGAAUUGCCUUCCUUUAGUACAAGAUGAAAAACUUAGAAACCAACUUAGUUUUAAUUUUUGGUUAGCGCUCAUAUAUGCUUUUUACUGUCAUUAUAUAUUAAACCUCAUAUGGCUUGAAUGAGCUAAUGUACCCUCAUGUGGCUUACCUUGUGUGAAAUAUUGAUUAGAUCACACAAUUGUUUGGAUAUCCAAACCUUUGAAGAAUCAGAGAAAAGAGUAAAUACAGUAGAGUCUCACUUAUCCAACAUAAACAGGCUGGCAGACUGUUGGAUAAGUGAAUAUGUUGGAUAAUAAGGAGGCAUUAAGGAAAAGCCUAUUAAACAACAAAUUUGGCAGAAAAAGUAGUUCGAUACACAGUAAUGCUAUGUAGUAAUUACUGUAUUUAUGAAUUUAGCACCAAAAUAUUACCAUGUAUUGAAAACAUUUACUACAGAAAUGCGUUGGAUAAUCCAGAACGUUGGAUAAGUGAGUGUUGGAUAAGUGAGACUCUACUGUACUAUCGUUUAAUGAUAUGUGAAUAUGAGGUGGUAUGGAAGAAGGUUCUGCUAAUCAAGGAAUUUAAAACUUGUUUUACUUUAUGUUUUGCAUUAAUUUGGGUAGAUUUUUAAAAUGGGUGAAAAAUUAGUAAAUAUUUCUAAGAGGCAUUUGCUCCCUGGCCUCAUAUACAGAAAUUUCAUUCAGUUUGACUUAUUUGUUGUGUAAAAUAUGUUAUGAUUUGGCCAUAAAUCAACAGGGUGAGGCAAUAGAAAGGAUGAUCAUAAAAUGAACCCACAUUUGGCAGCUAUAAAAUAAAAUAAAAAGUUCUACAACAUUAAGUGAAAUUAAAGAUGCUCUUCCUCAAGCUAUCUUGUAUGAUUUAUAUUAAAAUUUCAUUUAGCAUUUGCGUGAGACUGAUCCAUGCAAUUUUGCAUGUUACUCUUUUUGCAGUAGAAUUUCAUAGAACUCUUAAUUCUACAAAAUGUAAAGUUGAAAGUACACAAAAGUGCUUGCUUUUAAUCCAUCCCAUAGUCAUCUAAAAACCUAGUGCAAGCAGUCCCCAAGUUACAAACAUCCAACUUACAAACAACUCAUAGUUAAGAAUGUGGGUGAGACAACAGGAAGUGGGAAAAAUCUACCCCUAGGAAGGGAAAUUCACUCCUGAAAGAGUUAUCAUGGGGAAAAGAUGUCUCCACUGAAGCUUUGUCACCAAUUCUUGUUUCACAACAAGCCACAUUUUUCAAGAUCCAAUUAUCACAGGGCUAGAAAGUGAGGUGAAAUAUUCUGAACAGGGACACAGACAGCAAAGGAAACACCACCAUUUUGCUAUCCAAAUAUAUAAAUAUAAUACUUUAUUUGCAUUCUGACCUAUCUCCCCAAGGGGAUUCAGGCCGUAUUUCAGCAAACACAGACACAAGGCAAACAUUCAAUGCAUAGAAACAACAAACACAGAUAAAGAUAAAGAUUUCCCUUUCCAGCUCUGAGGAGUGGUGCUCAUCUUCAGCUCUGGGGGUUGGUGCUCAUCUCCAUUUCUAAGCCAAGGAGUCUGCGUUGUUCGUAGACACCUCCUAGGUCAUGUGGCCAGCAUGACUGCAUGGAGCGCCAUUUAGAAUAAUAGAGUAAUAGAGUUGGAAGAGACUUCAUUGGCCAUCCAGUCCAAACCCCUGCCAAGAGGCUUACCUUCCCGCCAUGGCAGUACCUAUUGAUCUACCCACAUUUUCAUGUUUUCAAAUUGCUAGGUUGGAAGAAGCUGGGGCUAACAGCGGGAGCUCACUCCAUACCACGGAUUCAAACCACCAACCUUCCAGUUAGUAAGUUCAGCAGCUCAGCGGUUUAACCUGUUGUGCCACCGUGGCCCCCUAUCAAAGACACACAUACACGCAUAUAGCUGAAGUUACACUUCAAAAAUGUACCUGUUCUGACUUACAUACAAAUUCAGCUUAAGAACAAACCUACAGAAUCUAUCUUGUUCAUACCUUGGGGACUGCCAGUAAUAUAGUUUAAUCAGGGUAAUGACUAAGCUUUCUCUGAGUUCAUAAGGCAACAAUAAAAGGAAUUGGUGCCAUAUACAUUUUAAGUUAAUAUUAAAUUAAUAUUUUAGAUAUUAUUUUCCUAAUUGAAAAGAUUAAAUUCAGAAUAAAUAUGUUGCUACCUUCCAUUUUAUUUCAAAGUGGGAAAACCCACAUGAAAUGUAUUAACUGUGCAUUAAGUAAAAUGUGUAAAUAUUCUGCAAUUAUGUACAUAAUAUUACAUAUUUCUGAUUUAACCAAAUAAACUAUUCUUACUGGUAUUGCUUUGUUAGAGUUAUACUAUUUUCUUAUUUUUGUAAAAUGAAGUAGCAAAUAAAUUUACAAACUGUU